UAGAGCUAGUAAAUUCACGAGUUCUUAACAUUGUUGUGUGAAGUGAACAGUGUAUGUACAACUAAUCCUUAAAAUCAUCAUGAAAUUCGUUGCUCAAUCUCUUCAACAAUCUUGCAACCUAUUCAACAAGUUGAGCACAUCCAUAUUGUUUGUGAUGUUUCUUCUGAGAGUUUCCUACGAGGUAUCUGGGUCUAGGUUCCUUGUUAAGACACUACCAGGUUUCGAUGGUGAUCUUCCUUUAACACUUGAAACUGGUUACAUUGGGGUAGGAGCGUCUGAUGCCGUGCAACUAUUUUAUUACUUUGUUGAGUCUCAAGGGGACCCACAGAGCGACCCAAUCAUGCUUAUGCCCACAGGAGGGCCUGGUUGCUCCGGUCUAGUUAACCUUAUGUCUAAAUCAGGUCCAUUAAACAUCAACUAUUUAAAUUCCACUUGGGAGAAUCAAACACUCGAGAUAAAUUCUGACAGUUGGACAAAGGUGGCCAGCAUAAUAUAUCUUGAUUUACCUGCUGGGUGUGGAUUCUCUUAUGCAAAAACUCCUGAAGCUUACAUAACAAACGAUAUUUUUUCAGCGACACACGCAUACCAAUUUCUGAGAAAGUGGCUUGUGGAUCAUCCAAAAUUUCUCAACAAUCCAUUAUAUGUUGCUUCAAGUUCCUAUAGUGGUAUACCGGUGCCAAUAAUUGUUCACGAAAUAUAUAAAGGUAAUGAAGUUGGAGAAAUGCCAAAAAUUAAUAUCAAGGGAUAUUUGCUUGGUAAUCCUCUAACAGACAUAAAUGGUGACUACAAUUCAAAAAUCCCAUAUGCAUAUCGAAUGGCACUCCUAUCAGAUGCAAUCUACAAGUCAACUCAAGAAAAUUGCCAUGGGGAGUACUUUAAUGUAGAUCCCAACAACACUCUAUGUAUGCAUUAUCUUCAAGUGGUAAAUAAGUGUCUUGAGAGAAUUAACACUGAGCAUAUUUUGGAACCUCAAUGUGACGUUGCAAAUACCUUAAAUUCCAAUCUCUAUAGGAGGGGUUUAAGAUCUUUUGAGAAAAGAUAUAGGGAUAUUUGGACGUUACCUCAAGCUCAUAUACAACCAUGUGAGUUGGCCCAAGAAAACAUCAGACGUUACAUUCCUGCAUGGGCUAAUCGCAAUGACGUUCGAAAGGCUCUUCAUGUCUCUGAGGAACUUGAUGAUAUAGAAUGGGUGCGAUGCAAUGAAAGAAUGAAAUUUAACUUUCAUGAAACGGAAGACAUACCUUAUAAUCACAAUGUCCAAAGUAGUGUUCCCUAUCAUAGACUCCUUACUACCAGAAAUUGUCGCGCUCUUGUAUAUAGUGGAGAUCAUGACUUGCUUGUUCCAUAUUUGGGUACAUUGAAGUGGAUUGAAUCACUAAAUUUGUUAGUCACAGAUGAUUGGAGACCAUGGUUUUUUGACGAGCAAAUAGUCGGAUACACCAUGACAUACUCAAACCACGACUACAACUUGACGUUUACUACUAUAAAGGGAGAAGGUCACACACCUCAAGAGUACAAGCCGAAAGAACAUCUAAGCAUGAUUAGGAAAUGGCUUGCUAAUGAUGUCCUCUAAGAAACAUUUACUGUGUUUCAUGUUUCUUUCUUAUCUUAUAUGCAUCAUAGUUUUUAUGUUUAUACUCUAUAUAAGUCAAUUUCAACUAAUAAUGUAAUGUUUUUAUACUUUAAAUAAUGCAUCGCAGUCUGUAUGGUUGA